GGUAAAGUCCACGGAUCUUUGGCUCGUGCCGGUAAAGUCAAGUCUCAGACCCCCAAGGUCGCCAAGCAGGAGAAGAAGAAGCCCAAGACUGGCCGCGCUAAGAAGAGACAGGUUUACAACCGUCGUUUCGUUAACGUCACUGCUACCAUCGGUGGCAAGCGCAGAAUGAACCCUGCUCCUACUGCUGGCCCUUAA